CUGAAAGCGGCCGAGAACACGUAAAGUGUUUGCUUGGGUUGGGAACUGUCUCUCGCAAAAGCCCAGAAAGGGAGGAGCACAUAUGAAAUAGUUGGAUGGGAUGGAACUUGACUCCACUGAGUUCUUGAGAGGAUCUCAACACACUAGUUAAUUGGCUGGUUGGGCGGGACUAGACUCGCUAAGGCCUCUGAGGAGCUGGACUCACGAAGAUCAUUUUGGGCGGAGCAUGACCAGGUUCCCAGAGGCUCAGAAGCCAGCUACACGUAAAUAAGCUGGGCGGGGCCGGGAGCACCAGAGCUGGUGGGACACUCCGAGGUCCCGCCUCGUCUCUUGGCCUCCCUCCGGGUGAGGCGGUUGAGGCGGACGGGACUCCUGGUGUCACAGUUGGGGCUCAACGUCGUGGACUGAGGCUGCCCAGUGUGCUGCGGUACCAUGGAGGCAGGGGCCGAUUCCUCCGAGGCCCCCUCGGUCUGUCGCUUCUUCCUAGAGGGCCGCUGUCGCUUCGGCGCACGCUGCCGUCAGCCACACCCCGGGGCCCCAGCGCCAACCCCUGAGGUCGCGCAGCCGGAGUCUGGGUCCAAAAAGCCGGCGCUGCGCACUGCCGCUGACGUCAUCCAGCGCAUCCGCUGGGAUCCGCGCCUGGACCCUGCCGAAUUUUCGGUGGGCUACACCGACCGCUUCCUGGGCGUGCAGGAAGAGCCCUUCUGCGCCUUCUGCUGGGACGAGCCGCUGGCAGCGCUCGGGCCCGGCGUAUUGGCGGUGCCACAGCACCGCAUCCGCUACUUCCGCUUCCGCGGCCGCCUGGUGUGGGACCGUGCCUCGCGUACUGACCUCAUUUUUGGCUCGGGCUCUGUGGCUGGACGGGGACCCACUAUCCUGGACGCACUGGACGACGGGAACGAGUACUGGCCAGAGGUUGCACCAGAAAUCCCUGACACAGAGAAGACAGGUGCGGCUUUCGAGGGUCAGGACACUCAGGAUGGCCCUAAGGAAGGGAGUGGAAACCCGGCAAGAACUAGGCUUGAUUCGGGCCUGGAGACAACUGAAGAGGGUGCGGCAACCAAAGAGAACAGAACUGGGCUUGAUUCGGGCCUGGAGAUACCCGAAGACGGUGGGGCAACUAAGGAAAAUAAAACUGGGCUUGAUUCGGGGCUGGAGAUACCCAAAGAGGGUGGGGCAACCAGAGAGACUGUCCUGAAUCGGACCACAGAGGCAGGAACACCAGAGGCAAGCGGGUGCUUCACAGGAGUAAAGGAGAUCUUGAACUCACUAGAGACACCUGGAGCCACUCUACUUCCACAGUGGGAGGCACAGGCCAUGGAAGCUACUAAGCUUUCUGCUGAAGAGAUGGGAAGUGAGUGGACUCCAGGGACUUGGCCUGAUGAAAGAAGGUUCCCUCGCCAGCCCCGGCCCACACAUUUUGUGGCACUGAUGGCGACAGAGCCUGGGCUUAGGGCAGAAGUGGUCAAGGCCCAAGAGCAUCUGGUGCGGAUUGCUCCUCCUUGUGCUGCUUUCCUGAUACCUGUACAGGCCCUGCACCUGACAAUGGCCUUGCUGAGGCUGACAGGCCCUGGGGAGGAGGCUGCAGCUACCGGGGCUCUGCGGAGGGCCCUCCUGAAACCAGGGCUUCAGGUACCCUCCCAGCUACAGUUCAAGGACUUGGUUCUUCUGGGUCAUCACGUGCUCUGUGCCAUACCCUCCCCCACACUGGCAGGCAUGGCUCAAACUCUGAAUCAGAGGCUGGAGGCUGAAGGGCUGAGAGUGGUGCAGCCCCCAGGGGGCCUACAGCCACACCUCACCCUGGCCAAGGUGCCACAGGGAUCCCAGGUUUGCAUUCCUGAGCCUGAGUUCAGUUUGAACCAGGAGUUAGGAAGACAGCCCCUAGGGAAACUCUGGCUAUGCCGUAUGGGCAGAGCAGGACAUAGCUACUUGCCCCUGGCUGAGAUUUCCCUCAAGUGACCAACGUUCCAAACUUCGUAGAAGAAACAAGCCAAAUAGAAACAAUUUCUCUCUCUCUCUUUUUAAUUUUUGGUUUCAAGCUUCCAAAAUGUACUGUACUCAAUGCUCAAGGAGAAUGAAGGGAGGGGAGGGGAGAGGUGGGAAGGGGAGGAAGGGAGGCAUCUGGAAAAAAAGCAGCCUGACAGUCCAGCUGUUUGCAACCUCAUAGCACAUCCUCCAGUUACAUGGCAGAAGAGGAGGGAGGGGUGAAAAGAAAAGGGGAGAAAGAAGAAAAAUAACUUAAACACACACACAGAGGAAAGAGAAGGAAACAUGACGUGAGCUGGUGAUCCAUGAAGGCAGAGGGGAGGAAGGAAGGGAGGGUAACCAUUUUACCUGUGUUGAACCAGGGAGCAGGAAGGGAGAAGGAAGAGGAGGGAGGGAAGGGAAAAAAAAAUCAGAAGAAACAUUGGGGCAGAGGGAGGAAGGGACACGGAGACAA